AUGGUAGAAGGUCCACAUUCCAACUCCACCUUCCCACGUCCAACCUUCUUCAUACUGACUGGCAUUCCAGGGCUAGGGGCUGCCCAGGCCUGGCUGACACUGGUCUUUGGGCCCAUGUAUCUGCUGGCUCUGCUGGGCAAUGGAGCACUGCUGACAUUGAUGCAGAUAGAUUCCACACUACAGCAGCCCAUGUUUCUACUACUGGCCACACUGGCAGCCACAGACCUGGGUUUAGCUACAUCUAUAGCCCCGGGGUUACUUGCUGUGCUGUGGCUUGGGCCCCGACCUGUGUCGUAUGGUGCCUGCCUGGUUCAGAUGUUCUUUGUUCAUGCACUGACUGCUGUGGAAUCUGGGGUACUGCUGGCCAUGGCCUGUGAUCGUGCCGUGGCAGUAGGGCGUCCACUGCACUACCCUCUCCUGGUCACCAAAGCCCGGGUAGGCUAUGCAGCCCUGGCACUGACACUGAAAGCUGUGGCUAUUGUUGUGCCUUUCCCUCUGCUGGUGGCACGAUUUGAGCACUUCCAAGCCAAGACCAUAGACCAUGCCUACUGUGCACACAUGGCGGUGGUAGAGCUGGUGGUGGGCAACACACGGGCCAACAAUUUGUAUGGGCUGGCGCUUUCACUGGCCGUGUCUGGUAUAGAUAUCCUGGGCAUCACUGGCUCCUAUGGACUCAUUGUUCACACUGUGCUGCGGCUGCCUACCCGGGAGGCCCGUGCCAAGGCCUUUGGCACAUGUAGUUCCCACGUCUGUGUCAUUCUGGCCUUCUAUGUACCUGGUCUCUUCUCCUACCUCACACACCGCUUUGGUCAUCACACUGUCCCAAAGCCUGUGCACAUCCUUCUCUCUAAUAUCUAUUUGCUUCUGCCACCUGCCCUCAACCCACUCAUCUAUGGGGUCCGCACCAAGCAAAUCAGGGACCGGCUCCUGGAAACCUUCACGUUCAGAAAAAGCCAGUUCUAACAGGCAAAAAACCAUGGAGCCUGGUGGUGGAGGUGAGGGAAUAUUCA